UUCGGUUUUGGGUGCUUUUCAAAGAUCCAUUAGAGAAGAAAUCCAUCUAUAACUUAGUGGUCCUGGAUUGGAAGGAAUUCGCAGAGAGCUGAGUUUACUCCUCCGCUCGUCACGCAAACGAGCACCUCGCGCACCCCUGAAGCUUGCGUUCUUGGAUUUGGUGACUCAUCCAUUCGCAGCUGGCCUUUAUGUUGCUGGAGAGAUGCUAGGAAUCAGGAAUCCCGAAUGUUCUUGUCACACCCUCCCCUGUUGUAUGCCUCGACUGAAAAGAAGAGAAAAGCAGAGACGCACCGGGAAGCAGCUGGGAGGUUAAGUCGCCCACUAACUGAUCCCUGAUGAAGACGAUUCCCUAAAGUAGGUUUGUUUCGAUCUGCGUUGGAGUUUCCGUGCGCCACAAUGAAAAUAAGCACGAGUUCUUUUAUUUAAAUGCACGCCAUUUGGGCUUCAAUACAGGUGUAGAAUCAUUUUAUAGUUCAGGUAUAGCAAACAAGGUGAAGCUGUAUGUUGCAUUAAUUGUAAUAUUCCAGCUCAAUAAAUAUUUGAAUAACUUAUAAGGGAGUGAUUAGAUUUCGGAAAAUGUUAAACUUGCAAACUAAGUUAGUAGAUCUUGCGCAUGUGCGCGUUUGAUUGAGAGUUGUUGACAAGCUGCACGGACACACACACGCGCCCACACACGCAUAUUUCACACUGACAGACGCACAGACACCGGGAAGGAGAGAGAGGAGAGGGGGCGGGUUCGUGGGGUGGUGGGGGUGAUCGAGAAUAGAGAGAGCGCCAGAGCACCGCGGCUCCCCCCCCCCCCCCCCGCCCAGCAGGCUCCGGUCCAGCCUGUGUGGUCCGUCAGGCUGGGGUGUGCUCUCCUCCGCUGUUGCUAAGGAGAUGGACGUCUCGAACGGAGCUGCGGCCCGGGCUGAAUUGUCCACGUCGUCCCCUCCUCGACAGCCUGUCGUCAUUCAGCGUGCAGCGCGUGUGUAUGUGUUUACCGGAAUAAUCGCGAACAACGUGACGCGUCAGCGGCAGCCAGGGUAAGACGCGUUCGUUUCAUUGGGAUGUAAAAGAAAAGAAAGCGAUCACUUCCCCUUUUGGGACACAAGACAAUUAACCUAAUUUGACUAAAAAAAGACUUAAUGCUGGAAUCAGGAGACUGAGAAAGUUAGCAGUGACUUGUGUAUUUAUGGUUAUAUUACUUCUGCGAACGGAAUGCUUUUUUGCUUUUAGAAACUGACUGCCGGUAAAAAGUACUAAAAGCUAAGUGCUAUUAAAGACAUUUAAUGAGUAUUAAGGUAAGGGCACUGCAGCUUUCAAUCUACAUAGCCACUGAGCAUUGCAAAUAGCACAAUGUCAUGUCUCCCUCUCCGGUAUCAGCACUGUGUAAGGCACAAGAGAGGAGAGGACAUAGAAAAUGCACACAUGCACAAUACAUCCCUUUGGCUUACCUAGGGUCAGGCACAGUCAGCUCUUAUUGCUCGUCCUUUGUUUCCAGCCAGUAAAGUGCGUCUGUGCGAGCUGAAUGAGGGGAGAGAGGAGGCAGUGCCAAGGCAGCCACUCUGUCCCUUCUGUCAUUUGUGUCUCCCUCCUCCAGACCAGCGGAGCUGCAGCCGAGGAGCUGAAGAAGCAAGGGUUUGACUGGCAGCCGCUUGGCAUCCAAGGCAGGGGAGAGGCACGGCCGCGGCGAGUGCCGGUCAGCGAAUGUUACCUGGCGAGGACGUCGACGUAGGCUUGCGAACGGAGCAUGGCGUCCACAGGCAUGCAGAUAUUUGGAUUUGUGCUGGCGCUGUUGGGCAUCAUGGGUGCCAUGGUGGCCACUCUGCUGCCCAACUGGAAGACUGCGCGCACCACCAUGGUGUUGUGCUGCGUACUGGCAGCCAUGGGCCUCUGCCUGGCAUCCCUGGGACUGAAGUGCACACGCUGGGGAGGGGGCCGGCGUUCCAAGCGGCAUGCGGCCAUCGCCAGCGGCGGGUGUUUCGUCGCAGCUGGAUUUCUGUGUCUGGUGCCUGCUUCCUGGUUUACCAACGAGGUCAUCACCAACUUCUUGGACUCCACUGUGCCCGAGAGCAAUAAGUUCGAGCCCGGGGGUGCCGUGUACGUGGCCUUCGUUUCCGCCGGGUUCCUCCUAAUGGGGGGCUCCAUCUUCUGCAUGUCCUGCUCGGGGAAGAGGCACGGCCCCCAGGACCUGGUCCUGCUCCCCCCGCCUGACAAAUUGCUACUGCAGCAACAGCAGCAACAGCUGCUCCAACAACAGGAGCUCCAGCACCAGUAUUGUUCUCUCUCCCCGCUAGACAAUAAGACUGGCUACAGCCUGCAGGACUAUGUGUAGGAAGGCAGUGUUGUGUAUCCGCAAGCUUACAGGCGAGGGGGAGGAGUGGACGAUCACAUCUUAUGCUUUAAGAGAAGGCUGUGCUCCACACAGGUGGGAAAAUAUGAGAGGGAGAAUAACUAUCUCCUGCUUUCGUGUCUUGCGCCUGUCUUUCUUCUGUUUUUGCAAGCACAAGCAUUGGGGGUAAUCCCUGAGCUGCACCUUGGAACAAACAGAUUGAAGUCGUCAGGAGCACAGAUGAGGUGCUGCACAAUUGAAGGGAGCCGCUAACCAAAAGCAAGACAUCCUUCAUCAGUAAAUCACCGAGAGGGUUCCUUGGGGAGUGGAUUAAGCAAAUAGGAAGGAUUUUUUUGUCGCCUCGCCCCCAAAAAAAAAAGCAAUCAGUUAGCUGCUAUUUACAAUCUUUUGGAGCUCUCUCAAUUGACAACAAACGCAGUAGGUGGACGUCCUUUCAUAAAUGGCCAUAUUUUUGUUUGCUGUUCCAGUGACUUUGAUGUCUUGCCGCUAAGCAUGCUCUGUGUGGCGCCUGUCUUGUGUUUUAAUACAGCGGGAUGUUCGGUCGAAGUCUGAGACAUAGUCACACAAUAUGCCUGUGCCUGAAAAAGCUGUAGAGAUAUUAGCGCGUGCUAAGUGUUCAAAGAGGUGGAGACGUGGGCUGCUGGGCAGGAUUUGAGCAAAUGCAGACAAACAGAUGCCCGCUCUCCUCCUCUCGGCAGGUGGAAAUGUGAGCGAGAUGGAGAGAAACGAACACCAAAGAGAGAUUGAAUGCAUGAGCGGACCAUGUGGGAGUGGGGUCGUUAUCAUAUUGCCCUCCUGAAAACACCCCGGCGCUAAACUGCCAAUUCUGGCCAAUGUAACCAUUGCUGGGGACACACACACACACACACCAGCGCCUCAUUAGACAUGCACUCCCCCACUCCUUCACAUACUUGUGUGUGUGUCCUUACAGACACAGUAAAGACACACACACAUGCUGGUUUUUGCAUCUGUUUUCACCCCUACCAUCCUCCUCCAUGCUACCAUGGAAACCAAAUUAUUGUCUGAGGGCUGGUGCUUGUCAGCCAAGUGAUUUGUUUGUGGUAGGACAUCUUUUUUUUUCGCUGCGUCCCAUUGUUCCAUAAGCUUCGAUCAGAGCCUCUGUGUACACAACUUAGUCUAAUCCCCUUUAUUAGCCAGUGAGAAGAGGCAGCAUCCAUGUUUAAUUGUUUAGCCAUUUUUUUUUUUUUUUUUUGCUCAGACACAUUUCGUGGUAAGAGUGGUAUAGAGGCAAACGUGAAGCCUCUCAAGUCUUGUUCGACUGGCUCACUAUGUGGCGGGCAGCUAAAAAAGGUUUGAGUCAUUCUCCAUAUGUGACUUGUUUUCCAAGCUUGUCAGCAUUGAGACUGCACCUGUACAAGGUCUCAAUGUCUUAAAUAGGAGCCACUUGACUGCUAUCACCAUUGCCCCCCCCCCCCCGCAACACACAUGCACAUACACACACUUUCUCUGUCCUGCUUCCGUCACUCGUCACAUGGAUGUGAUAGCAGAACUCUGAUACGUUAAAAGCAUGACCCAUACAAAAGCACACACAUACAUAUGCUCACCGACUCAAAUGUCAGGGGCACUGUUGCGCCUUCACACAUCCAUGUCCCACUGUGCGUGUACUGUUUUCUAAAGCAGGAGUGGAGAAACAUUGGAAUUAUAAUUGAGACGGGCUUUGGCAGUGAUGCAUAGGACCGCACAGAUCCCUCCUUCUCUCUCAUAAACACACAGCUUUCUGUGGAGCGAGCAGAUGGCUAAGCCACGCUCGCCACCUGCAGGUCGAUGCCGGCGCACCGCGAGGCGUCACCGUGGGCAUCAUCUCCAGUCCCGGCAGCCCUCCGGGACCAGGUUUCUACGCCAUCUUGCCCCAGCAUCUCCAACAGAACUGGCCCGCUGACAAUAACUCAGUGUCCAGGCACCAGAACCAAUGCAAUAAACAAAAGCGCUAAGAAUGUGUCAUGUCAUCAACUAAUACUGACGUUUUUGCGUUUCAAGAAUGUGCCAAAUACUGUAGUCUCAUGAUGACAUUUUAUUACUAUCCGGAAUCGUUUAUCUUUAUUUUUCUAAUGUGUUGUUUGUAUGUGAAUUGUACAUUAGCGAAUGCUUUAUGGAUUUAUUCUCCCAGACUAAGUUUCAAGUCAACUAGAUGCUUGUGUGCAGUCCAGGGCGGCUUUCGAGGGUUAUUUCAAAUCCUCUUUAUUCCUGAUUUCCCAAAGCACAGAGAGAUUCACUAAGCAUGAGUGUAGGGAGGACAUGAGUGUGGUAUUUUCUAAAUACAUAUUUUCAUUCAGGAGUAUUCAAGGGUCUGUGGCAGCUGUACAGCUGUACACAUGUAUCAACGUGUUUGUUUAUGCUGAGGGACUUAGAAUUUCCUUAGAUUGUUCCAAUAGAAGAUACAAUACCAUGAUCAUACCAUAUCUUCUUUAUAAGAAGAGUACUCCAAUGCACCUUUUUUGUGUUACUAUUUUGAGAGUAGUUUGCUUCAAAUGGUUGAGCAUUUCAAGCUCCCUGCACCAGUACAAACACAACACAAGUGGCACUCUGGAAGAAAAAAAGGCAAUGACGUCUGACCGCUCCAGCAGGGAGUUACGAGCUAGAGGUUCCUCUUUUUUGUGUGUCUGUGCAGCUUGAUAUCAGCACGCAAUUUCAUUAGCUUAGAAAUGGCCCGAGUGCAAAGUGGUCCUAAGAAUUUAAAGAGUUACAAAUGUGCAUAGAAACUGUACCAAUAUAUUGAUUUAUCUUUUUUGAUAAACCGCAGCUUAUUUUUGUGGACGCUUUAGCACUUCUUACUUUGCCAGAGCAUAUUUGUGAUGAUGAGCAGCUCACAAGUUCCGAAACAGUUGUCUCAAUGUGCUUGUGCAAGUAAUUCUA